AAGAGCUUCUCCAAAACUAAAUGGUUCUUUUUUGUUUAAUGCUUGGAUUUCAGUCUUAUAUUGUGUUAUUGGGAUCCCAUUCACAUGGAUUAGAAGUUACAGAUGAAGAUCUUAAAAGGGUGGCUGAUUCCCAUCACAAGUUGCUUGGAUCCAUCUUUGGAAGUGAUGAGAAGGCAAGAAAUGCUAUAUUUUACUCCUAUAAGAAGAAUAUAAAUGGUUUUGCAGCAAUUAUGGAUGAGGAAGAGGCAGCCCAGCUUGCAAAACACCCGGAAGUAGCAGCAGUAUUGCCAAACAGAGCAAAAAAGUUACACACAACACAUUCAUGGGAGUUUAUGCAUUUGGAGAAGAAUGGUGUAAUUCCCCCUUCAUCUGCUUGGCGUAGGGCUAAGUCUGGAAAAGACGUCAUUAUCGCCAAUCUUGACACUGGUGUGUGGCCGGAGUCCAAGAGUUUUGGAGAACAUGGGAUAGUUGGACCUGUUCCAUCAAAGUGGAAAGGAGGUUGCACUGAUAAAACCCUUGAUAGAGUGCCAUGUAACAGGAAACUAAUAGGAGCAAAGUACUUCAACAAGGGCUUCCUCGCAUACUUGAAGUCUGAGAAUUUGACAGCAUUGGUGAUUAACUCCACUCGUGACUACGACGGUCAUGGUUCACACACCUUGUCCACGGCUGGGGGCAGCUAUGUGUCUGGCGCCAGUGUGUUCGGGUUAGGCGUUGGAACUGCCAAAGGGGGCUCUCCCAAGGCACGUGUUGCUGCCUAUAAGGUUUGCUGGCCACUUGAGGAUGGAGGUUGUUUCGACGCUGACAUUGCCCAGGCAUUUGACCAUGCCAUUCACGACCGCGUUGAUGUUCUUUCGCUCUCCCUUGGUGGCGAGCCAGCCGAUUAUUAUGAUGAUGGAAUCGCCAUUUCAGCAUUCCAUGCAGUGAAGAAGGGAAUCCCUGUGGUGUGCUCGGCUGGUAACUCUGGCCCUGGUGCUCAGACUGUUUCUAAUACUGCACCUUGGAUUUUGACUGUUGGUGCAAGUACUAUGGAUCGUGAGUUUCAGGCUCCUGUUGAGCUCCAAAAUGGUCACCGUUAUAUGGGUUCGAGCCUUUCAAAAGGAUUAAAGGGAGACAAGCUUUAUCCAUUAAUAACUGGAGCUGAAGCGAAAGCGAAGAACGCCACCGCGGAGGAGGCCAGGCUUUGCAAACCAAAAACAUUGGAUCAUUCAAAAGUGAAAGGGAAGAUAUUGGUUUGCUUGAGAGGAGACACUGCAAGAGUAGACAAAGGAGAACAAGCGGCCCUUGCCGGUGCUGUCGGAAUGAUUCUAUGCAAUGAUGAGCUAAGUGGGUUCGAAACUAUCGCAGAUCCCCAUGUUCUUCCUGCUUCCCAUAUCAAUUACAAUGAUGGCCAAGCUGUUUUCUCUUACAUCAAAACCACCAAGAAUCCGAUGGGGUAUUUAAUCCCACCAACGGCAAAAGUUAACACCAAACCUGCCCCCACUAUGGCAGCCUUUUCAUCUCGAGGACCCAACCUUAUUUCCCCUGAGAUUAUCAAGCCAGAUGUGACUGCACCGGGUGUGAAUAUAAUUGCAGCAUUCUCAGAGGCCGUAAGCCCAACAGGCGAACCAUUUGACAAUAGAACAGUUCCAUUCAUAACAAUGUCAGGCACCUCCAUGUCUUGCCCCCAUGUCUCUGGUCUUGUUGGCCUUCUUAGAACUCUCCACCCUCAGUGGAGCCCCUCCGCCAUCAAAUCUGCCAUCAUGACCUCUGCCAGAAUUCGUGACAACACAAAAAAACCCAUGCUCGAUGGUGGCUCCCCUGACCUCGCCCCUUCCACCCCUUUUGCCUAUGGCUCUGGCCACAUUCGCCCUACUGGAGCCAUUGACCCCGGCCUCGUCUAUGAUCUGUCCCCCAAUGACUACUUGGAAUUCCUCUGCGCCAGUGGCUACAACGAGAAGACCAUUCAAGCAUUCUCUGAUGGUCCUUUCAAAUGUCCAGCUUCUGCUUCUAUUUUAAACUUGAAUUAUCCUUCCAUUGGGGUUCAGAAUCUGACUGGCAGUGUCACCGUCACUAGGAAAUUGAAGAACGUUAGCACUCCUGGGGUAUACAAAGGCAGAGUUAGGCACCCCAAUGGAGUCAAGGUUUUAGUGAAGCCCAAAGUUCUAAAGUUCGAGAGAGUUGGAGAGGAGAAAAGCUUUGAAUUGACAAUAACUGGAGAUGUGCCAGAGGAUCAGGUUGUUGACGGGGUGCUGAUUUGGACUGAUGGCAAGCACUUUGUUAGGAGUCCCAUUGUCGUUUCCUCUAGCUUGUUCUGAAUUACUCAUUUUUAGGAUCAUAUUUUAGAUUUCAAGUUGUUAAAUUUCAAAUUAGUCAUACCAUUAUUUUUAUGUCAAAUGACGAACACUUUCUAGGAAGUUAUUCAAUAUAUAUAUACUACUCCAAUCAUUUUCUCUUCUA